AUGCUCGUCGCAGACCCCUCUUUCCUCCUCCUACUCUCUCUUCUGACUCCACUGUCCGUACACUUCACUCCUCCUCCUCCUCCUCCUCCGCCGCGGUACCUAUCGCCCCCAAUUUUCGCCGCCGACUACGACGACAUGCUCGCGAACUUCGGGAUCUUCGUCUACGACGCCCGGAGGACCUACAAGAUCAAAUCGGAAGCCGAAACGCUCUUCCUCGCUUCCCUCCUCGGCAGCCCCUUCUUCACCGAGAAACCUAGCGAGGCCCGCCGAGCACCUGGCGUACGCGAGGCUCGGCGCGAUCAAGGACCCCUGCCUGGCCCGCCGGUUAGCCGAAGAUCGGGACUUCCUGAUCGAGUCCGAGCCGUCGGAUCGGAGACCUUCGAGCGCCGGCUCGCGAUGAGCGAGUUCUGCUUGUUUGACUACGGAGGUGACGUGUCGGGGAUCAGGGACGCGAUGCGGCUCGGGUGCGUGGUUGGGGUGAUCACGGACCGUCCCAUCCAGGACCUGCCGUUGAUCGACGUGCUGAGGUGGCAGGAGAUGGCGGUGGCGGGGGGCGGCGGCGGGGCGGAGGGAGUGAAGCGCGCGCUGAGGGAGAUGACGAGGGAGCAUGUGGAGAGGAUGAGGGGAUCGUGUGUGGCCGCCAGCAGGCACUUCGCGUGGAACCAGUCGCCUCAGCUGUUGGAUGCGUUCCACAUGGUGGUGUAUCAGCUUUGGCUCAGACGGCACUCGAUCAGAGACGCGCGGAGAGAGUGGAGUUAA